AUGGCGACUUUUGAAGAUUCUUUCCUCGCCGACAUUGAUGAGUUAUCUGACAAUGAACCCCAUUCUUUCAUCGCCGACCUGGAUGAGUUCUCUGACAAUGAACCCCAAUUAGAAGAGAAUGAUGCUCCGAAGGAAGAAGAAGAAGAAGACGAAAAAGAAGAAACAGAGGAGGACGAGACUACUUUUAGUUACGAUUAUCUUGAUAGCGUUUUUAAGAUACAGAAAACUCAGGAAUUUACUGAUAUUAUGCAGAAAGUGGAAGAAGCCCUAGAUUUUGAUUCUGCAUUCAAGGAACUCGUCGAUUGCAAUAACCUCUUAGUUAAGAUGGAAGAGGAAUUUGCCAUCCUUCACAGCUUUUUCCGUCAGAAUAACAGACUUAAGCACCCAAAAGUGCAAUGGUUUGUACCGCACGCAACUAAGUAUGCUCGUGUUGUUAAAACUUUCCACAAGAUUGAUACUGCUGCUGCUUCAAAUAUGUUUGAAAACGUUCAGGAGAAGACUAUAGAGGUGUGUGAUCGAGUUCUUGAUCUUAACUCAUCGAAGAAGAAAGUUGUUAAGUUUGUAGAUAUGAAGGCGAGGUUGAUCGCACCGAAUCUGUCUGUGCUUGUGGGAGGUAAAGUUGCAACUAAGCUCAUGGUAAGUGCUGGAGGUUUAUCUGAACUUGCUGAGAUGCCUCCUACUUGUAAUGUUACACGCGUUGGUAACAAGAGGAAGAGGAGUUUUGUUGGGUCUGUUAAGGGUUUUUUGAUGGAGACAGAUAUUGUUAAAAACACGCCUCCUAGAUAUCAGGAUGAUGCUUGUGACCUCUUGGCUGCAAAUUUGACUUUAGCAGCAGUAGUUGACUCUAAUAGAGUUGACUGUAAUAGAAGAUACUACUCAUCGGGGGCACAUGGAAGAGCUUUGAGAGAUGAGGUUCUCGAGAAGCUUGACAAGUUACAAGGACGACCUAAGCGAGGUGCUGUUUCUUCUGGUACUACGUUUUUAGAGAGAAUGAGUAAAGAGCAGUCGAGUCCUCAGUCGCUAGAGCUAGGCGAAGAUGAUGAGACUCAAAGCAAGUACUUCUCAAAGUUUGGGACAUUCUCCAAGAUUAAUAAGAGUAAUUUGGCUGGGGACGAAGAUUAUUACAUGUUUUGA